CGAGCCUCCCUUGCUGUCCUUGCUGUGGAGCCAGGUGCAUGUUGUUCAGCGCUGCACACACAGAACAGGGAUCUGGAAAGUGUGACUGAGUGGAGUAAAUAGCAGCAUCCUUCCUCUUCAUCAUGGAUCUCUGGAGUAAAACAGUCUGGGGAAUAAUUACGCCGGUCACCCUGAUAGUCUUCAGCUUUCACGGGGAAACAAAAGGAGAGGUGUGUCACAGUCCUCUCGUAUCCAAUCUGCUGCCAUCGUUCUUCAGAAGCUCCUCACAGUUAUCGGGCAGUCAUGGGCCGGGCUUUGCUAAACUGAACCGGAGAGAAGGAGCUGGAGGCUGGUCUCCUCUGAGCUCGGACAGAUAUCAGUGGCUGCAGGUGGACCUCGGGGAGCGGACACACAUCACCGCUGUUUCCACGCAGGGUCGCUACGGCAGCUCUGAUUGGCUGACGGCCUACCUGCUGAUGUUCAGCGACACGGGACACAACUGGAGACAGUACCGGCAGGAAGAAAGUAUUGGGGCUUUCCCAGGGAACAGUAAUGCAGACAGUGUGGUGCAACAUAAGCUCCAGCAGCCGGUUAUCGGCCGCUACGUCCGCCUGAUCCCGCUGGACUGGAACCCCAAAGGACGCAUCGGACUCAGACUGGAGACCUUCGGAUGUCCUUACAACUCUGACGUGGUGAGCUUUGACGGCCGCAGCAGUCUCCUCUACAGGCUGAUCCCCAGGCCGAGGCAGGCGACCAGAGAAAGCGUCUCUCUGAUCUUUAAAGCUCUGAGUAACUCGGGGACUCUGCUUCACGCUGAGGGACGGAGCGAACACAGCCUCAGUCUGCAGCUUCAGAAAGGAAGACUCCUCCUGACGCUGCGGAGAGGCAGGAGCUCCUCCCCUGCCAGCCAGCACAUGGUGUCUGUGGGCAGCCUGCUGGACGACCAGCACUGGCACCAGGUCACCGUGGAGCACCACAGCACCCACCUCAACCUCACCGUGGACAAGAACACUCUGUGGGUGCAGAUCCCACCAAGACUCACCCGCUGGGACCAUGACCAGAUGAGUGUGGGAGCAGACCAGGCUCUCGGCUCUCAGAGGUCGAUCAACAGAAAUUUCCACGGCUGUUUGGAAAACCUGGAGUACAACGGUGUGAACCUGAUAGACCUCGCCAAACAGAGAGACCAGCGGGUCACUCUGAAGGGCAACGUGACCUUCUCCUGUGAUGAACCCGUUUUUGUUGCGAUGACGUUCACCAGUCCCCAAAGCUUCCUCUGGUUACCGAGGAUGAGUGAACGGUCUUCAUCGAGCAUGACGGUGGGGUUUCAGUUUCGGACGUGGAACGAAGAGGGGCUGCUGCUGACCUUUGACCUCCCGAAGCAAGGAGGGGCGGUCUGGCUCUACCUGAGUAAAACCCGGCUUCAUCUACAGAUCCACAAAUCUGGGAGAGCGCCACUGGAGCUCAGUGCAGGAUCAGCUCUGGAUGACGGUCAGUGGCACUCUGUGGAGCUGACCUCCAAACGAGGACAUCUUUCCGUCUCUGUGGACGGGGGGGAAGGAGACACCGCCAACGCCAGCCCCCCGUUUCCUGUUUCCACUGACGGUCAACUCUUCUUUGGUGGUUGUCCUUCUGAGGGGAGCAGUGAUCAGUGUGUGAACCCCUUCAAGGCUUUCCAGGGCUGCAUGCGUCUCCUGACUGUCGACAACCAGCCUGUGGACCUAAAAAAGGUGCAGCAAAGGCUGAUGGGAAACUACAGUCACCUGCAGAUCGACAUGUGCGGCAUCAUCGACAGGUGUUCUCUGAGUCACUGUGAGCAUGGAGGCAGCUGCAGUCAGUCCUGGAGCUCCUUCCACUGUAACUGCUCCGACACGGGGUACAGCGGAGCCACCUGUCACAGCUGUAAGAUCAACGCUCUGUUCACUGUUGUUUAA